UACAGGAAUUAAAAAAAAAAAAAAAAAAAAAGAAGAAGACAGGUGAAGAGGGAAGACGAAAGAACAAAGUUCGUGUGAAGUUUCUGAGCGGCGGAGAUGGUUUGCGGAGGAUUUGUUUGCACUAAAAACUCCCUUUGCGCACUCAAUGUUCUUUACGUGCUGGUGAGCCUGCUGCUGGUGGGCGUGGCGGCGUGGGGCAAAUGGUUCGGCCUGGUGUCCAGCAUCCGGGUAGUGGCGGGCGUCAUCUGCGUGGGCAUCUUUCUGUUGCUGGUAGCUUUUGUGGGGCUGUGCGGCGCCCUGCACCACCACCAGGUGCUGCUCUUCUUUUACAUGAUUAUUUUGUUCCUGGUCUUCCUGGUGCAACUGUCGGUGUCGUGCGCCUGCCUGGCCCUCAACGAAGACCAGCGGAAUCAUCUCCUGGAAGCGGGCUGGAACAAGUCCGAGUCCAUGCGGACCGACGUGGAGAAGACGCUGGACUGUUGCGGCUUCUCCCACGUGGACUACAACGCGUCCUGCGCCGCCAGCUGUUUUAACAAGAAGCUGUCGUGUGCCACAUGCUCCGAAAUAAUUGAGAAGUACGCUGGGGAAGUGCUCCGCUUUGUGGGCGGUAUCGGGCUAUUCUUCAGCUUUACCGAGAUUCUUGGUGUUUGGCUGGCCCGACACUACAGAAACAUCAAAGACCCCCGAUCAAGUCCUGGAGCCUUUCUAUGAUUCCCCCCCCCAAAAGAGAAUAAUGCAUUAUGCUGCUCCAUUUUUCCUGCCAGUGUAAUUGAGAUUUGUAAUUUACAAAAUAUGUAAAUGUGCUUAAAAGAUAAGUCUAAAUGGCUAUUAAAUGCUAAUCAGUCUGAUUUGAAAGCAUGUUUAAUAUUCUUUUCACACUUAUCAAUACUCAAUGCUUGAAACAGUAGCCUAGCCUUACGUGUAGGCUAAAAAUGCCCCAAAUGUUGGAUUUUUUUUGUGGUGAUGCCAGUAAGAUCAACCGUAAAUAUUUUUUGAAUACAAUGUAAAAUAUUUUCAUGUUUAUCAUUGGUCCAAAUCACCACAAAUAGCUGCUUACCGUAUCUUUGCGUGUAGGAUUCAAUGAAUUGUUUUCCGCUGGGCGAUAAAACUAACACCAAACUAACUAGACGAGUUAGAUUGAAGGUUGCUAUGUUGAUAUUUUCUAGCUAAAGCUAAGCUAGCUGCUAGCUCCUGAUAGCAGUCCAAGUGCAUAUGGUCUUUGUAAUUGCUAUAAAACACGCUGUGCCACAUUAUUUCAAACCACAUCUUAAAGGGCUAACAUUACUUCAUUAGUAUUGUACGCUAUGUAACAAUGUUAGCUAUUUAGCAUGCUAACAAAUUAUGUACAAGAUAGCUUCAAUCUUCUAUUGGUUUCAUUAUUUUAUGGAUAAGAAUAAACAUGUUUCUUAUUUCAA